GUUGCUACAGCAACGGAUACAGCAAAAUAAACAGUGAGCCAUCAGGCUGAGCUGGUCUAUUGCUCUGCGAGUCCAUGGAUCCAAUAGCAAAACCUGUUCCUGGACAUUGGUAUUGGAGAGAGGACACAAACACACUCGAAUUUUCAAGCAGUAAUGGAGCUGCGGACGCACGAGAAAGGGCGAGGAGGGCUAGGACUAUACAUUUUCAGGAACACGAGACUAAAGCACCAGACAGGGUACCAACCCAUUCCUUCAAUGUUAUGGCUGGAUCGAAAUCCUCUAAGACAAGUUUUGCUGGCUCCAUCACCAGAUCACCCAAACACACAAGCAAACACGACCGCGAACACAUCACCCUGGAAGAUGUGAAGUAUGUUGCCUUAAGUUUAUUGAAAGAAGAUGGUGUUUAUAUCAACUCAUUUUCAGAGGCUAUAAGAAGCCAACAUUUGGAUGAGUUCCUCAUGGCCCUUCUGUCCUACCUUUCUUGUUAUUUGGAAAAACAGGCUAUCGAAAGAAAACCCAAGCCUUUACUGCCGAAUCUGAAUAUUGUGGAACGCAAGGUGAUGGCUGCGAUUUCGUCAAGAACUGAACUUGCUCUAAAACAUUUCGCUCAAACAUACUGCGCCUUAGUACUUGGACUGGAACUAACUCAUCAGCAUCACAUGGCUUGUGGGAAAAGUAAAGGAUCCACAUCAAAAAGCGACCGCAUGUUCUACGAGUUCCUCUACAGCUUCUGUAUCUAUGUUGCCUGGGUGGUGUUCCGACGCAAGGAGCUGAGCUUAAUCCAGACUGAAAUUGGCAGGAUAUUGCGAUCCAACACGUUUAACCCUGCCCUUAGGGCGAACCAUUUCCCAGAUCCGCUCAGUAGAGUCCUGUCCGUGGAAGACAAGAAACUGCGAAAAUCUACAACCUAUGCUCCCAACAGGAGGGAUAAUCCAAGACGCCCGGCAAUUAAAAGCAUUAUUACUCAACGCUCCCCACUCCUUGCUUCUUUGAUGCCAACGCUGAAGGAGCAAUCACAAUAUCUGUUCCAGCAACAUGGCCUCCAUCCAAAAGGUCCCUCUGAGCCUACAGACAAUCUGGGAAUCUUCUUUCACCCUGUUAUACAUCAGAUUGGAAUACUCGGGGAGCCACGGAAAAAUUUUAACCCCUACACCCUCGUCCCACUGGACACUGAAGAGGACGAGGUUGCUGAAAUAAGACCUAAAAAAAGUACGGCAUCCUUCUAUUCUCGCAGUCACUCUUCAAGACACUCAAAUGGCCGUCCGGGGACAGGCCGCCAGAGUACUGUCAUUUCAAGAGCUACGACAGAAGCUGCGUACUCUGACGUGGAUGAAGUUAUGUCAGAGUGAUAGUAGGGUCCUACGUAGUUACCAUAACCAUGAUUAUUCACCAAACUGGGAAUUGUGGGGAACUGAUCUAGGAAUUAUUCUUUUCAAACCAAAAUAGCUGAACUGGAAAAUAGCUGGAUCAUUUUUCUAGUUCAGCAACUUUGGACUAAAAGUUAACAUUUCCCGGCCAAUUCCUGACAAUGAACAGUUUAUUGAAUAUACGUGUAUGCGCUGUUUACAUCCAAUUAACAACAUGUGUUAGAAAUCAUUAAUUGUUUGCAAAUUGUAUUUAUUUACUAUGUAUACCAUUGCUAGCUAGGGCAGGUAGGAUGUGAUAUCAUGGUAUAACAAUUCCAUUUGUCUUUGAUCAAGGGUGUCCAAAAGAUAGAUCCCCAGAUAUUGUAGACUGCAAAUCCCAUGAUGCUUUGCAUACCUUUAACAUGAAAAAUCAUCAUGAGAGCUGUAGUUUUAAAACAUCUGGGGAUCUAACUUUUGGGGCACCCCUGUCUUAGAUAACGUUCACCCAGGUAAGUAUAUCUUCCUCUUUAUUUUAGAAGAAAUGUCUGUAUCCCUUUGAAAGAAACCUGUGAAAAAGGCUUAUGGACAGGGGGCAUCAGCUACUGGUUUAAUAAAUAGAGGAAGUCAGAUGGCUUCAUGUAUUUUUUAAACUGCAUUAACUGUGUAACUGUAUGUCUUGUGUCAAUGAAAAGGUUAAAUGGUAUAAUUUAUGUUCUGUAUAGAAUGUAUCUCAGUACAUUAUAUAAAUAACCUGACUCUUAAUCACUUCUCAGCCUGAAGCUACUUUGAUAUGAAACAUAAAAUUCUAACGCCUUGUUUUGUUUUAACAUUUGUUACCGGAGGGUAUGAUAUAUAUAUAUAUUUCAUAAUACACAGAAUAAAAAAACAGAUGUCAUGAGCACACA